AUGGCCAUCUCCACUAACAAGAUUGCUCGUCUAAAGCAUUAUGAGAUCCUUGAAACAAUUGGUGAAGGCCACUUCGCCAAAGUGAAGUUGGCCUGGCAUGCUCUGACCAAGGGACUGGUAGCCAUCAAGGUCAUCCAAAAGACAAAUCAGAGCCUCUCCAGUGUCAAGGAGCAGUUUCGAGAGGUUGACAGCCUGAGAACAGUAAACCACCCGAAUAUUGUUAAGCUACUGGAAGUGAUCGACACUGAGGAGACUCUGUUUAUCGUAAUGGAGUACGUCAGCGGGGGAGACUUGAAAACCUACUUGGAGGCCAAAGGCCGCAUGACGGAGGGGGAAGCCCGAGGCCUGUUCUGCCAGCUGGUCUCGGCUCUGCAGCACUGCCACCAGCGGGGCGUGGUGCACCGGGAUUUGAAGCUGGGCAACCUCCUCCUUGACGCCAACAACAACAUAAAAAUCUCGGACUUCGGCCUUAGCAACCAGUGGCACCCAGGAAAUGAGCUCGAUACUUUCUGCGGCAGCCCCGCGUUCAUGGCCCCAGAACUCUUCCUGGGGAUGCCUUACACAGGCCCAGAGGUGGAUGUGUGGAGCCUCGGCGUCGUCCUCUACACCAUGGUAACUGGAUCCCUCCCCUUCGGGGGACAAGACUUCUGGGAGCUGCGGCAGCGUGUGCUUAGCGGGCAGUACCAUGUGCCCAAAUAUUUAUCCACCAACAUAACAGACUUACUAGAAAGAAUGCUAACGCUCAAGCCUAUCGACAGAGGCACUUUAGAUGACGUUGGGCAGCACGCAUGGGUGAACAUGGGCCAGGAGGAGCCCCUCCCGCCAGCCUGUGGUGAGCACCCUGGGGUGACAGUGGAGAUGAUACUGGGCUGGUGCAGGGACCUAAUCCAGGGCUUAGACAGAAGCAGCGUCAGUGACAUGAACGAACCCAAGAUGAGGGUCCGCACCAUCAAGGUGAGACCACUGGAGCAGCAGGAGAACCAGGAGUCAAGAGAGAAGACCAGAGAGCCUGCCACUCCCCCACCCUGCCCAGGGCCGAGGACCGUCAGCCCCAGCCCAGCCCCCUCCACCCGCAACACCCAUGGUGAGAGCAGCGCCCGAGCCGCCGAUCACGCAGGUGACCGCCACGCCACGUGCGGGACCAGGCUCCCCUGCCGCACCUGCGGCAGGCGUGACAGCAACCACACCUGUGACACCAGCCUCACCAGUGACGCCAGGGGCGCCUGCCACACCAUCAGCACCUGCGACAGCUGCGGUACCAGAGGAACCAGCCUCACCCGUGACGCCUGCAGCACCCGGGACACCAGGCACACCUGGGAUCACAGCCUCACCCAUGACGCCUGCAGCACCCGGGACACCAGCCUCACCUGUCACCCUAGCCUCCCCUGUGACGCCCCAAGCACCCGGGUCACCAGCCUCACCUGUGACGCCCCAAGCACCCGGGACACCAGCCUCACCUGUGUCGCCCCAAGCACCCGGGACCCUACUGGGGCCUGCAACGUACAUGACACCCGUGGCAACCGUGAUACCUGUCACACCAGUGCCACCAGUGACAGCUGCCUCACCCCUGGCACCAGGGGCACCCACGACACAGGUGGCACUCAUGGCACCUGUGACACCCUCAGCACCAGUGGCACCCAUGACAACAAUGGCAAAGUCGCUGAAGGAACCCACUGCCUCCCGGAUGUGCCUGAUACAGGAAGCUCCACCCUUGUUGGGCAGCCCGAGAGUACGUCCCCAGUCACUCCCUCUGGCCUCACCAAGAAAAAGAAGGGGGUGGCUGGGAGAAUAUGGAAAUGUCUCUCCAGAUAUCUCUGCUGUGGGCUGCCCAGCAAGAGGGCUAAUAAAGUGAAGCCGGAAAUAGCAAAUGGAUGA